AUGCCUUCGAGGUCCCAUCAAGAGAAGGAGUCCAGCAAGGACCUGCCUGUAUAUGAAGAUAUAUCAGCCGGAGCCUUGCCUGCUCCUUCAACCGCUACACCUCAAUUGCAAAAAUGGAAUUCCCCCAGAAUCAACAUGUGGCGUUGUCUAGGGACCUUCUAUUCCUUCGUCGUCUUGGGUGCUAAUGAUGGUGCAUACGGCGCCCUAAUACCUUACCUCGAAACAUUCUACGGGGUCAAUUAUACAGUCAUCAGCCUCAUAUUUCUGUCGCCUAUAGUGGGUUAUACGAUGUCUGCACUGUUGAACAACCACAUUCAUACCGUGUAUGGACAAAGAGGUGUUGCAUGGAUCAUGAGCAUGUCCCAUUUGUGCGCUUAUACCGCCAUAUGUGUUCAUCCGCCUUAUCCUGUUUUGGUAAUAGUGUUUAUUCUUGCCGGUUUUGGCAACGGGUUGGGCGAUAGCGGAUGGAAUGCCUGGAUUGGCGACAUGGCUAACGCAAAUGAGGUACUUGGCUUCCUGCACGGAUUUUACGGCCUUGGGGCAGCACUUUCGCCGUUGAUCGCUACAGCACUGGUUACUCAAGCAGGCUGGCGAUGGUACGAAUUCUAUUAUCUCAUGGUGGGUGCAGCCCUUGUUGAGGUUGCAUUCCUCGUUGGCACUUUCUGGAGAGCAGACGGCCGGGCAUAUAAUGCUGAGCACCCUCAGACUGCUGAUAUGGAUAUUUCUGGGUCAAGCACUCCAACAAUUUCUGACGUUACGCACCCCGGUUGCCAAGCCAACAAGCAACAAGGCAUUUUCUCCAAACUGAAUCCGUUCGGCAAAAGAGCGAAGGGCAAGAGCAAGACUCUUGAGGCAGUCAAGCAGAAGGUGACCUUGCUCGCCUCGGUGUUCCUGCUUAUCUAUGUGGGUGUUGAGGUCAGUGUUGGCGGGUGGAUCGUGACUUUCAUGUUGCGCGUCAGAAAAGGCUCGCCGUUUGCUUCAGGUCUGACAUCGAUGGGCUUUUGGCUUGGGAUCACCGUCGGUCGAUUCAUACUCGGAUUCGUUACGGCUCGGGUAUUCAAGACAGAAAAGCAUGCGAUAGCCGUGUACUUGGUGUGCAGCGUGGCUCUACAGCUGAUGUUCUGGCUCAUCCCAAACUUCGUCGUCAGUGCGGUCAUGAUUGGCCUCCUGGGCUUUUUCUUGGGGCCUCUCUUCCCCGCAGCCAUUGUGGCUCUCACAAAAUUGCUCCCGAAGAGGCUGCAUGUACCGGCUGUGGGGUUCGCCGCUGCUUUUGGAGCAAGUGGUGCAUGUGUGCUGCCGUUUGCAGUUGGGGCGAUUGCAAAUGCAAAGGGUGUCAAGGUGCUGCAACCCAUCAUUCUGGCAGCCUUGGUGCUAUGCCUGGCUGUGUGGCUGUUGGUUCCCAAGCUCCCUAAACAGAGGAUGGCCUGA